AUGCUCUCCAGCCUCCAGAACCCGCGGCAGGCGGCUGCGCAGCUGCUCAACUUCGCACUGAUCCUCUCCACCGCAUUCAUGAUGUGGAAAGGCCUGUCCAUCGUCUCGGACUCGCCGUCCCCGAUUGUCGUCGUCCUAUCGGGGUCCAUGGAGCCGGCCUUCCAGCGAGGCGACCUGCUCCUCCUCUGGAAUCGCAACCUUAUGGCCGAGACCGACGUGGGCGAGGUUGUGGUAUACAACGUCAAGGACAAGGACAUCCCCAUCGUCCAUCGGGUGGUGCGCAAGUUUGGCACGGGCGAGCACGCGAAGCUGCUGACCAAGGGCGACAACAACGCUGCCGACGACACGGAGCUCUACGCACAGGGACAGGACUAUCUCGAGCGGCAAGACAUCAUUGGCAGCGUCGUGGGCUAUAUUCCAUUUGUCGGCUACGUCACCAUCAUGCUGAGCGAGCAUCCGUGGCUGAAGACGGUAAUGCUGGGCAUCAUGGGCCUGCUUGUGGUGUUGCAAAGAGAAUAG